AUGUUGGCUUUACCACAUAAUGCAUCCAAGCUCUGCUGCUCUAUUCUGGAAAAAGUAGCAGAUAGGCCAGAGGAUCAAGCUAAGUGGGGUGAGAUUGCUGAUGUUGUAGCAGCAUUGUCUAUUCCAGUUAUUGCUAAUGCCUAUGUUUUUGAAUUCACCACGAAUAAAGAGCAAAUAAAUCAUGCAGCUGGAUCAAAUGAAAUUAUGAUUGCUCCACCUAGUGAAAAAAUGGAUGUGUUACCACCAAUGCAGAGCAAAGAAAUCAUGGAAGAUAAUUCUGCAUCCGGAAGUGCCUCAACUGAAACAAAACUUGAGAUUCUGAUUGCCCCACCUAAUGAAAAGCGGGCUGAAAUUGAAACGAGAAAUAGGCACUUCCGACUGUACCAGGCUGCACUUGAAGGUGAUUGGCACACAGCUGAAAUAAUUUUCAAGGAACACAAAAACGAUAUUACAGCUAAGCUAUCUAAAGAAGGGGACACCGCUCUCCAUAUUGCAGCUGCAGCAAGGCGCACUACUUUUGUGAAAAAGCUGGUUGAAAAAAUGAAAAAAGAGGAUUUAGCAAUAAAGAAUAAUGCUGGCAAUACGGCCUUUUUUCUUGCAGCUGCGUCCAACAGGGUUGCAAUUGUCAAGGCUAUGAUGGAGCAGAAUGAAGACUUAAGAAAGAACAAAGGUGAAAAUGAUAUGUUACCACUUGUCAUGGCAGCUAGGAUGGGAAACAAAGAGAUGAUAGAAUACCUUUAUGAAGCUACUGAAGAGGAGUUAUUAGAUGAUUCUGAACGUUGCUUGUCAGUCUGA